UGGCUGAGGCGGCCGCGCAGCCCGCGGCGGAGGAAGAGGAUGGCGGCGGCCGCGGCGUGCGGGUCCCCCGCCAACCGGCCGUCCCGCGAGCAGCCCCCGCCGCGGAAGCGGGGCGACUCCCGGCGCAGGCAGGCCGCCCUCUACUUCCUCAACAACAUCUCCCUGGACGGGCGCCCCCCCGGCCUGGCCCCGCACAAGCCGCCGCCCCCCUCGGCCCCGGGGGAGGAGGAGGAGGCGGCCGAGCCGGCCGGAGCCCUCAGCCGGCUCCUUCCCGCCCCGCUGCCUCCUAGCGGGGCCCCCCCGGCCCAUGCCGCGGGGGCCAAGGGCGAGGCGGAGCCGGCCCGGCUGGCCGCCCUCCUGCCCCAGCUCGGGCCCCCGCCCCCCACGCCGCCCGCCCUGCCCGGGCCCCCCAAGCCGGGCGCGGGCCCCCCGGGGCUGCUCAGCCCCACGCAGCUCGUCCCAGGAGGAGGCGGCGGCGGCGGCGGAUUCACGCUGGAGGUGCAGCGGCAAAGAAGGCGUUUUAUCUCCCAGCGCUGCUCUCUAGAAUUUUUAGAAGACAUAGUGGAAUGUGCCAGUGUACGAAGAACUAAGCUCAUACCUGGAUCUCCAAGACACAAAAGCUUGAAGAAGAUGCACUUCAUCAAGAAUAUGAGACAAUAUGAUACAAAGAAUAGCAGGAUAGUAUUAAUCUGUGCUAAACGAACCUUAUGUGUGGCUUUUUCUAUCCUGCCGUAUGGGGAGAGCUUACGAAUCAGUGAUCUAAAAAUGGAAGGGCAGAAACAGCGACAUCCUUCUGGUGGUGUUUCAGUCUCUUCAGAGAUGGUUCUUGGAUUGGAAGGAGUGGAGCUUGGAGCUGAUGGCAAGGUUGUGUCCUAUGCAAAGUUCUUGUAUCCAACCAAUGCCCUUGUUGGCCGCAAAAUUGAUAAUCAUGGUGCUGCUCCUCCAUGUCGAUUCAAUGCUUCACGGAGUCUGACGGGGUCAAGACAUAAAACUGUAACCACUAAAACAAUACCACCAGGAACAGAAAUAGGAAACGAAGUUGGUGAGUCAUCAGAGUAUAAUCCGAAUCUCCUGGAUGAUCCUCAAUGGCCUUGUGGGAAACACAAGCGUGUUCUCAUCUUUGCAUCUUACAUGACCACAGUAAUAGAAUACGUGAAACCCUCAGACCUUAAAAAGGACAUGAAUGAAACUUUUAAAGAGAAGUUUCCUCACAUCAAGCUAACGCUGAGCAAAAUCAGAAGCUUAAAGAGAGAGAUGUGGAACCUGAGUGAAGAGUGCAAUCUAGAGCCAGUUACUGUGUCAAUGGCGUAUGUUUACUUUGAGAAGCUUGUUCUCCAAGGCAAGCUCAACAAACAGAACCGCAAACUGUGCGCUGGUGCUUGUGUGCUUCUUGCAGCCAAGAUCAGCAGUGAUCUCAGGAAACAUGAAGUGAAACACCUUAUUGAUAAACUAGAAGAGAGAUUCAGAUUCAACAGACGAGAUCUCAUUGGAUUUGAAUUUACAGUGCUUGUAGCUUUGGAGCUGGUCCUCUACCUUCCUGAAAACCAAGUUUUACCUCAUUAUAGACGUCUCACACAGCAAGCCUGACCAAAGCUACAUUCCAGCUGCUCACCAGUGGCUCUGGGGAUUAACAGCAUUACUGAACAUUUUGCUCCUGAAUUUGACACUUGCCACUGACCUUCUCUGUCACAAUAUGCAUCAGAUCAUGCCUACAGCUAGUUUGAAGACUGCAGCAUGAUUUUUAAACAGUCAAGAUGUACAUUAAUGAUACAGGUACCAAGCCUGUAUCAGAAGAUGGUACAGAAAGGGUUGUCUUGAACUUUAUUUUCCUUUGGACAUUAAAGCACAAAUGAUUCACAAACUAGCUACCUUUGUGGCUGCUGGUUAUUCUGUAUUUUCCUUUUCAGCUUUACUAGGAAAUGGUCAGUUCUUCCCUACAAAGGAUGCUACACUAUUGUUCUCUUAGAUUGUUUCAACCUUUAUUUUCUUCCUUGAAACUAGAGGGAGAAACACUUCCAUUCAAAAAAAUCAUAAACUUCAAAUAGUGUAUCUGAGAAUUUUCCUGCAUUUUUACAUUAAUAAAAUGCAUACUUUAUUUUUUUUAAAGAUGUGCCUAAAACUGACUGGUCUGGUACCAGUACUUUAAGUUACUUAUGUUGCAUAAUAGUGAAUCCUGAAUUUAAAUAGCAAUGUAUCCUUUACCUGCAUUUGCCUUGCAUAUAGUGAAAACAAUUCCAGUAUAUCUGCACUAAUAUUACAGAGGGGAUUUGUACUAUAGAUCUAUAGGUAGCAAGUCUGAAACUAUUCUAGGUCAACUUCUUUAACUGUUAAUAGGUGAAUAAAGGUUUUAUUUUAAAAAAGGAAAGAAAGAUUGUGUUUGGAAAUCUAUCGUGAAAUAUCACUUGUUGAACACAUUAGCUGCAGCAAAGCAGCUUGGAGUUCGUUCUUGUAGUUCAUUGUUCAGUUGGAGAUAAGAAAUCGACUUACAUGUGAGAGGAAAUCACCAUAUUAUCAUUUAUAAUUUUGAUUUAUGCCACUGUUUACUAUAGCCUGAAACUAGGCACCUUUUUAAACAUGACCAUGUCUAUCAUGAGUGAUCUUUCUCUGCUCUGUACGCAAGUGUUUCAGCCAGUACUGCUAUCGCUUCCAAACUAAGCCAAUGAAACAAAGUAUGUCCAGUUGUUAAAUUGCUACUUUUUACUCAGUUCUUCCAAGCAUUGUGCCACUGUGAUGGGCCUCAUGAAACUGGCAUUUGUUGCACAUUUGAUCAGCCAUUCAGUUAGAGGUUAAUGUUCAGCAGCAGACUGAUGUUUAUGCAAGGGUUAAAUAACUUCUUCCACUGUUGCCCAGACAUUUGAUUUAAACAAUUCUGAAACAUGUUGUACCUUUAGCGAUACAGUUAGUCACUCUUGGGUUUUUUUCUAAGCAAUACUAUGAUACAAAUAAGUGUUUGUGUGUGUUUGCAAGGGACAAAAAUAAUAUAAAAUUUCUCGAUGUCCAAGUAUUUGUUUGUGACUAACUUAGAUACUAGAUCUCUUCCUGAGGUAAAAAGGCUACCUAGUCUCUGAUACAUGGAGUACUGGACAUUUCAACUCCUUGUGUGUUUGUUGUGGCCACUAAAUAAGAACAAACAUAAAACUGAAGUCUUGCUAUUCAACUACAUUUUACCUAAGGCCAGUUUGACUUCAGUGAAAUUGAAGGAAACUUAGAGCCUUUCUUUUUAAGCAGCAUUAGAAAGGUAUUUUAUACAUCUAACUGCAGUGAUACUACUCAAGUCCUAAACCUAGUAGCUCUAUUUAACAACUUUAGUGCAAGUAAAUAUGUACCUUCUGGUCAAUGAGCGACAGAGUCCCGUGGCACCUUGUAGACUAACAGACGUAUUGGAGCAUGAGCUUUCGUGGGUGAAUAGCCACUUAGUCAGAUGCAUGACUUAUUCACCCACAAAAGCUUAUGCUCCAAUACUCUGUUAGUCUAUAAGGUGCCACAGGACUCUUAAUCUGGAGCUGUAAAAAGCAACAAACACGGCGACCCCUCUGAUACUUCUAGUCAAUGCGCAGGACAUGAAUUUUAGAAAGCUGCUUCUCUGUAAAGUUUAACAUGAAUGAUUAAUUUCUUAAUCUGGGAGAAUUUUACAAACUUUUUAAAUUGGAAGAUAACUAACAUCCAACUUGCCAAUUGAAUUUAUUUUCCAAAAGAGAGGUUAGAAAAUUGUUGGUUAUGCUAAAGUUCUAUACUGAAUAAUUAGUGCCAGUUUUUUAUAAGUUCUAUUUUACUAAAGUAUUAGACUAACACUUAUGGGUUGCCAACUUAGCUUUUUUUUAAUUAAUGCAGUGCACUCAAUUUAUAAUGGUCCAUUAUCUGCUACAGGUUUUUCCAAAUCAGUCAAUACCUUUUCUUUAUCUAAAUAUGGACAAACUUAAUAUGGAAGUUAAAUAUUUGGGGAAGUGGUAAAUGUAAAACUUCUCAGAGUAUUUGUCCAAAAAAUGUAAAAUCAUUUGUCAUGUUACUAUAAAUAUGUCUAAAAAUGUAGUGCUCUGAGACAACUUGCGCUCCUGCUGUUAAUUAUAGGAGUUAAAUUGCUUUAAACUAAUAUGUAAUGGAGAAAAGAUGCUCUGACUGAAAUAUAAACCUUAAAGUCUAAUCUUGCAAUCCUUCCUCACAUUGACUGCAAUGGAAGCUGUGCCUGAGUGAGGCUGCAGGUUGUUGCUUCAGUGUGUAAAUGGGCAAGUUGGGUUUAUUCUUCCAGCAAAAUGUAGAGUUACACCUUCUUAAGAUAAAGCAUGUAUUCUUCAGAGCAGUGUUUUUAAGUAAAGGCUUUACCAUAAUAGGUUCUCAUAUUAAACCUCGGCAUGUGCAUAUCCAAAGCUCUGAGCUCUAAAGCCCUAGAUAUUAUGGGUGAAAAUUGUAUCAUGGGAAUGAUCUAUUAUAUACAGUGUUCACUGUGUAAAUUUCUAUAACACCAUAGAAAUCUUGAUUCAAGUCUGAAGAUGGGUUAUUGAUCCCAAAUUGUCAUUUUAACCAACCGUCUACAACGUGUAUGUUGGGUACCUUUUUCUGUGACUUAUCUGUACAGAAAUAGUGAUCCUGAUGGCAAAGGCAGUAACAUACGUGUGUGUGUGUAAUGUUUUAUAGGAGUUAGCAUUCUCUUCCUUAAAUUGGCUUAGAGUCCUAUUUCAGUUAAGCCUCAUUGUGAUAUAUUUCCCUUCUUAUAGAAAAGCUGCCACUGUGUGGUAGAAAAUUAUUACUGCAAUGUUGUCAAUGUCUAAACCAAAAUGGGACCCAACAUAACAUUCUAAGAGAGAUGUUACACUUUUUCAUGCAGAAACAAAUAAUCUAUUUUCCUUUAAAGAGAAAUGCUGGUCUCUUUACAUUUGGGUGUGUGAUUUAAUUAUGUAUCACAUGUAAAUAUGGUGCUGCUUAGAUUCAGCACAACGAAAAGACUCUUGAUAGGAGCUUGUACAUUUUUAUGUAAACUGUUAUAGUUUUGUCUUAGUAAAUUAAAGUUUGUUUGUAAUUUGUCUAAGUUUCUUUUGAUGAAACUGGGAUUGAGAAGCUGUGAAAUAAAUUUUUUUUGUUUUGAUACAUA